AUGGGUCCCUGUACGGCCUCCCAUUGCUGCUGUCUCCAUCGCCACACUCUGCCAUGUGCCACUUUCAGGUCUCCUCACACUGCUGGUGGGGUUCCAUUUUGUCAUAGGGUGCUGUAUGGCCUCCAUUGCUGCUGCCUCCACCGCCACACUGUGGCUCCACACUCUGGUUUUGGCCCCGUGACUGCCCAAAUGAGUGAAGUGUGCGGUGAUUCUAAGAUCGACGGCACUCAUCUGCAUGUCAUACUGACUGACAGUAUUAUUUCUCUUCCCCAGCAGACUCCAAGGGCAUUUAAAUUAAAGGUACAGUGUUCUGCACUAAUA